CCGCCACCGUUUGUUGUUUUGUACUGGGGCAUUUUGCAGAAAAUAUUUUUGUUUGUCAAUAAUGUGGAUCCAAGUUCGAAGUUUUGAUGGGAAGACGAGUCUUCAAGUUGAUGAUUUGUCUAAAUUGACAAAGAUCGAAGAUCUAAGGUUGCGUCUGGUGGAAAAGUUUGAAGCUCCGCCAGAAAGGCAAAGGCUUUUCUACAGGGGAAAACAGCUUGAAGAUGGGCACACACUAUUUGACUACAGUGUAGGUCUGAAUGACCUGGUACAAUUGAUGGUAAGGUCAGCAGAUGUCAAACCAGUCGCAGAGGAAGAGAAGAAGGUUAAUGGCUAUGCUAGCAGUGAUGAUGAAAGUUCAAAAUCAGAUAAAGAAAAUCAGAGACCAGAGCCUGUUGAUAAAAUAACAGAAAAUGCUAGUGAUAAUACAGAUGCAAGCACAUACAAGGUAGGAGAUGUAAUUGAUGCAAGAGAUUUCUCAGUGGGUGCUUGGUUUGAGGCAAAACUUGUCAAAGUAGUUAAAGAAGACAGUUCAAAGGUCAAGGAUGAAAAUUGCAAUGACAGUUGUGUGGAUUCUAUGGAGACAGAUAGCCAAGAUAAAACAAAAGAAAUCAAAGAACGUCAUAAUAUAGACAAUACUCCAUCUGAUGGAUUUGUGUAUCAUGUAGUAUUUGAAGGGUAUGAUGACAAUGACCCUGAAAAGCUUAUGUGUAAAGACCUCAGACCAAGAGCACGAACAAAUGUUCCCUUUAAAGAAAUAAAUGAGGGACAAAAGGUCAUGGCUAAUUACAAUGUUGAUGAUCCUGAACAACGAGGAUUUUGGUAUGACUGCAUCAUAACAAAGAAACAAGAUACAAGGACAAUCAAGGAUCUAUUUGCCACUGUAUUUAUAGGUCCUGACUUGAUGCCAUUAGAUGACUGCAAGUUGUUAUUUGUCAAUGAAGUAUUUGAUGUUGAAAUGCCUGGUACCCAGUUGAAUGAAUAUGAUACACCAGUUGAGCAGUCAGCAUCUCCAGUAAAACGAAAAAACAAACCAGACUGUGACCAUUGUUUAGACAAUCCCCGUAAGAAAUGUAAACAUUGUGCUUGCUGUGAAUGUGGAGGUAAACAAGAUCCAGAUAAACAGAUAUUAUGUGAUGAGUGUGAUCAGGCCUAUCAUCUUGCAUGUUUAAAGCCACCUCUGACAAGUAUACCAGAAGAUGAUGAAUGGUAUUGUCCAGAUUGCAAAACAGAUACCAAUGCUAUUGUAAAAGCUGGAGAAAAGUUGAAAGAAAGUAAAAAGAAAUCAAAGAUGGCUUCACAACAGAACAAAAAUAGUACAAGGGAUUGGGGCAAAGGUAUGGCAUGUGUAGGAAGACAGAAAGUAUGUUCUGUUGUACCACCAAAUCAUUUUGGGCCUAUUCCUGGUAUUGAAGUGGGUACAUUAUGGAAAUUCAGAGUCCAGGUGAGUGAAGCUGGAGUUCACAGACCACAUGUUGCUGGUAUACAUGGAAGAGAAGAUGAAGGAUCAUACUCUAUUGUAUUGUCAGGUGGUUAUGAAGAUGACAAGGAUGAUGGUGAUGAAUUCACAUAUACAGGAAGUGGAGGCAGAGAUUUGUCUGGUAAUAAAAGAACAGCAGAACAGUCAUGUGAUCAACAGUUAACUAGAAUGAACAAGGCUCUCGCUAAGAAUGUGAAUGCACCUAUUGAUGCUAAGAAUGGAUCAUGUGCAGAGAAUUGGAAGGGAGGUAAAUCUGUUAGAGUUGUUAGAAACUGUAAAGGCAGGAAACAUUCUAAGUAUGCUCCAGAGGAAGGAAACAGAUAUGACGGUAUUUAUAAGAUAGUGAAGUAUUGGCCAGAGAAAGGAAAGUCAGGUUUCCUAGUGUGGCGAUAUCUACUGCGAAGGGAUGAUCCCAAUCCAGCACCUUGGACCAAAGCGGGAAAGAAAAAGAUUGAACAGCUUGGUCUCGCUAUGCAGUAUCCUGAUGGCUACUUAGAGGCUCAAGCAAAAAAGGAAGAGGAAGCUGAGAACAGUACAAAGAAUGGUGUAAAGAAUGGUGCAAAGAAAGGGAAAAGGAAGAGGGAUGAUAAUGAUUCUUCACCAAGUGCAUCUCCAGAGAAGAAGAAAAAAAUUGUGGGAUAUAAAAUUGACUCUGAACAACUCCAAUUGAUAAAAGAGGAUGUUGACAACAAAAAUGUAUGGGAGGAGGCCAAGAAGUUCACUAAAGAAGGUGGACAGAAAUUUCUUCAGAAAGUUGAAGAAUUGUUUACAUGCAUUUGCUGUCAAGAAAUAGUUUUUAAACCUGUUACAACAGAAUGUAAACACAAUAUCUGUAAGUCCUGUUUAGUAAGAUCAUUUAAAGCAGAGGUGUUCAACUGUCCAAUGUGCCGAGCAGACCUAGGAAAAAAUAGUAACCCAGCUAUGAACAAGACAUUAUCACAAAUAUUGCUCAAAUUUUAUCCAGGGUAUGACAAUGGCAGGUCAUGAACUGAAAAUUAUAUUUGUCAGAUUUAAAAAAUCUAAUUUCAGUCUCAGGAAAUCUACUGUAAGCUGCCACAAGAAAUAUUUUGGGGAUAUAGUGCUAAGAAAAUCUAGUGUGUAAGGGUUGUUCAAAAUUAAAAUUUACCAUUGUAGAAUAUUUUCAGACCCCCUUAAAAAAUAUCUUUAUCAAUUCAUACAUAUCACAUAAAACCCUGUAUGCUACAAAUAACACUUAAAUGUGGCCACCCAAAGUAGACAAUUUUUUUGUUUAUAAGAAUUAGAUGUAUGAAUUCAAUCAUGAUCUGAAAAUGAUAAUAUGUCAAAGUUAUUUGAUGGAUGGAAAUCAGUUUCAUACAUCUACUGAAUUCAGGCUUGUAUAGUCCGCGGUUUUAUUCUUCAAAAUUAAACUGCCACACAGGGGUGUGGAUUAAAGAGUAUGUUAAACAAGAAAUAAGGAAAAAAACUUAAUUUGCGAGAUUUGUUUACGUUCCACCAUGUUUGUUAUUGAAAUUGUAUCAUUUUCAAACUAUUAUUUUACCUAAUCGAUAUGAAUAUGCAAUUUUAAUUCAAAAUCCAUUAUAAAAGUGAUUAAUUUCAAAAUUAAAUGCUUCAUUACAAAUUUCUCGUUUCUUUUCACAGCAUUGCAUAACUUAAACUGGAAAUCGCUUGUAUUUGACGGAAUGAAAAAAGUGUAUAGGUUAGCCGGAAACCAGUUUAUGCAUAAUGAUGUAUAAACUACAAAACUUAAUCGGUUAUUAGUUCCGUUUUGGUGAUUCAUACGCAUGUAUUUUGUUUUAGUUUAAGAUCCAUCAAACAUUGAUAUGAUGGAUAUGUUUAACAGCAUUCUAGUGGUAUCUAUUUAGUACAAAUUUUCCGCAUACUCAACCGUAUUUAUUUUCAUUUACAGGUGCUAUUCCGGUUUAAACAUACACAAGUUUCUCAAUUGUUUUUUUUUUUUUGUGAUUUUGACUUAUUUUAGCACUCAUGAAGUAUUCUAGAAUAAUUUUCAAGCAUUUUCAACUUUUAUUUGAUGAUGGAAAACAGGUUUUUCCUUGAAAUUCUGCAAUCGUUCACACAUGAUUUGAAAUUACUGGAGUUUCAUUGGACAUUUACAAACCGUUACAAAAAAUUUUUUUUACCUGAAUUCUCGUUCGCGAGAAGGAGGGUGCGAACUAUACAAGGCUGAUUACAGUAUGUAUUGAAACAAAAAUAAAGUACAAUGUACUUAAUUAACCAGUGAAACCUGAUUGGUGUGUCUAAGACACUGAAUCAGUAAGUAUGGUUGCUAAUUUAUGUCUGACUGCAAUUUAUUAAGAAAGAACAGGUUGAUCAACUUACAUAACAUGUGAUUUAUAAAUUAUAAAUGUUCGGUCAGUAUGACUUGAAUAUCAUUCAAAUCUAUGUUUCCAAAUACCUUUUUUCAAAAUCGUUUUUUUUAAAUGCACACCCACACAUCAUUGACUGAAAAGGUUUGUAAACAAUGAAAUAAUCUAUUUUCCUAAACAUCUAUUAAAAAUGGUGAAAUAACAUUAAAUGUUUACAAGAAUGUAUUUUUCAGAGUGUUUCCUGCAUUUCUUUAUAUAAUGUAGUGACUUGUUCCAAAACUCAGUAUCACUCUAUCCCUGUCAACUUCAUAAGGUAACUAAGUAUGUAUGUAAAACUUACCUCUCUUAAUGAUUAUGUUCAAAAUUUGAAAUAUGUAAUAUCUGGUAGUGAUUUAAAUGAUUGUUUUAAUUUUUUUUGUCAUUUUUAUCACAACCUGAUUUAAAAUUAAUAUUAAAUUUUUAGAUAUAUAUGAUAUAUAAUUUUAAUGAAGAUGUAAAUAUUGAUCAAAUUUAUUACCAUGUAUUGAAUAAAAAUGAUAUUGCAA